AUGCCAACUGUAAAUGUCGACAAGGAAGAUCUUUAUUCGACACUUGGAAAACAGUAUAGUAAAUAUAUGAAAUAUAGUCUUGCAUUUCCUACUGAGGAGUUUCGUGAGUUAUGCUUUGAAUUUGGUAUUGAGCUAGAAGAGGAUACCUCGGAAAGUAGCGUUGCCGCCGAAGCAGGUGGAAUCCCUGAAAGAUCACUGUUAAAGAUAGAUAUACCUGCUAAUAGAUACGAUCUUCUUUGUCAAGAAGGAAUAUCACGCGCUCUUCUCAUCUUUCAAGAAAAGAUCAAACCACCUAUUUUUCGUGUACAGAAACCAGCAAACGGAAUAGUGGAAAAAAUCAUCAUUAAAUCAGAGACAGCUCAAAUUAGACCUCAUGUUGUUGGUGCAAUUCUCAGAGAUAUUCAUUUUACUGAGAAGUCUUAUAAUAAUUUUAUCGAUUUACAAGAUAAAUUGCACAAUAAUCUUUGCAGAAAACGUACACUUGUUGCUAUUGGAACUCAUGAUCUUGACACAAUCAAAGGUCCCUUUACUUACGAAGCUCUCGCACCCAAAGAAAUUAAAUUUAAGCCUUUGAAUCAGUCGAAGAGUUUUAAUGGGGAAGAAUUAAUGAAUUUUUAUGAGACAGAUAAACAUCUUGGAAAAUUCCUUCAUAUUAUUCGCGAUUCUCCUAUUUAUCCGGUGAUCUAUGACGCAAAUAGAGUUGUUUGUUCUUUACCACCCAUCAUUAAUGGGGAACACUCAAAGAUUACCUUAAAUACCAAAAACGUUUUCAUUGAAUGUACCGCAACUGAUUUGACUAAAGCCAAGAUUGUCUUAAACACCGUUGUUACAAUGUUUUCAGAAUAUUGUAAAGAAAAAUUUACAACUGAACCUGUCGAAGUUAUAUAUCCUGACGGGAGUUCUCAUACUUAUCCGGAUUUAGAACCACGCGCUAUGAAUGUAAAAAUUGACUAUAUAAAUUCGUGCAUUGGAUUAAAUCUUUCAUCUGCGCAAAUUGUCUCACUUUUAAAUAGAAUGUCGCUUGGGGCAAAAAUAUCGACUAUUCAUGAUAAUCAAAUAGAAGUGGAAAUUCCACCAACUAGAGCUGAUAUUUUACAUCCAUGUGAUAUUAUGGAAGAUGUUGCUAUCGCCUAUGGUUUCAACAAUAUUCCAAAGACUUUCCCUACGAGUGCUACGGUAGGGAAAGCCUUGCCUAUCAAUAAAUUAAGUGAUUUGGUUCGAAGAGAGUUUGCAUUGGCUGGAUGGACUGAAGUUUUGCCAUUAAUAUUGUGUUCACAUGAAGAAAAUUUUGCAUUUCUCGGCAAAGAUGAUGAUGGAACGACUGCCGUAAAAUUGGCAAAUCCUAAAACUGCUGAAUAUCAAGUUGUUCGCACUUCUCUCCUUCCUGGUAUAUUGAAGACUUUGAGAGAAAAUAAAAAACAUGCAUUACCAAUUAAACUCUUUGAAGUUUCGGACGUAGUUUUUAAAGAUGACUCUUUAGAAAGACGUGCUCGGAAUGAAAGGAGAGUCUGUGCUAUAUAUAGCAGCAAAACAUCGGGAUUUGAGGUAAUUCAUGGAUUAUUGAAUUAUCUCUUGGAAAUGCUUCAUGUCAAAUUAAUUUCGCCAUCUGAAGAUGAAAGUGAUCCAACCUUCUUCCCAAAACGUAGCGCCGAUAUUUUCUUACGAAAUGUCUCUAAUACGACCACCACAAAGAUUGGUAGUUUUGGUAUCAUACAUCCUAAUGUAUUAGAAAAUUAUGAAUUGUUCGUGGCGGAUGGAGUUUUUUUUGCAGAGUUGAAUGAAUUCUUUACACGAGAAUUAGCCGAAGAGGGUUAUUCCGGGGUGGAAGUGCGAGUUACCCCUGCACGGACGGAACUUAUUAUACGUGCUACUCACACACAAGAAGUGCUUGGUGAAAGAGGACGUCGAAUCCGUGAACUUACUGCUUUAAUUCAAAAAAGAUUCAAAUUCCCGGAAAAUACCGUGGAACUUUACGCGGAAAAAGUACAAAAUCGUGGUCUUUGUGCUAUUGCUCAAUGUGAAUCACUUCGUUAUAAAUUACUUGCUGGACUUGCUGUGAGAAGAGCUUGUUAUGGCGUGCUUCGUUUCAUCAUGGAAUCCGGUGCAAAGGGAUGUGAAGUGGUGGUUUCUGGUAAAUUAAGGGCUGCUCGUGCAAAAUCCAUGAAAUUUGUUGAUGGAUUCAUGAUACAUUCUGGUCAACCAAUUCGUGAUUACGUUGACACCUCAGUGCGUCAUGUUAUGUUAAGACAAGGUGUAUUGGGUAUCAAAGAAUGGGAUCCAACUGGAAAAGUCGGUCCUAAGAAUCCAAUUCCUGAUUUAGUCACUGUUAUGGACCCCAAAGAAGAAAAUCCCAUUACAACGCCAACAUCUGAAGAUUUCCAAGGUCAUCCGCCUCAGGAUAUUCCAGUCGCCCCUUCUUCUCCUGUUCAGAAAGAUCUUGUCCCUCCACCAGAUUGGGCUGUUUCUCAGGAUCUAAAUCAACAGCAACCCACGGAAGGAUGGGAUUGA